CUUCCGUGUUUCUGCGCAUUCGCGACUUUGAGUCUUCUUCCACUCCUACUCUAUUGUCGCAUUGCGAGAACCUUGUGCCGCUACCUGUGUUUUCUCCGUACGGCGUCUUGCUAUCAUCACCAGAUCACGCGUCACGUUCGCCAAAAUGUCUACUACCGAGGCAACCCAAGAGCCCGAGGCGUCUCCCGCCGCGGUGCAAGCUGACGAGCAAUCAAAGCCAGCGACCCAGGAGCGGCUGGCCGAACUCGUUGCCAAAGCCACGGCCGAAUACGCUGUCAAGCAUUACUCGGAAGCCGCGGAGCUCUACUCGCAAGCGUCAGAGAUACAGGCAGAACUCAACGGAGAAAUGGCGCUCGAGAACGCAGAUCUUUACUACUCUUACGGAAAAUGCCUGUUCUUCCUUGCGCAACAGACCAGCUCCGUCUUGGGUGGCACCGCGACAUCUGCUCAAUUAUCCCGCAGUAAGGAAAAGAAGACCUCCAAGAAGCGCAACGCAAAUGGUGCUAGAAGAGCUGGACAAAUCACGGACGAGGUGGCUGCGGGUGAGAGUUCGAAGACGCUUGAGCCACUGGCUGAGGGGCCAUUACCCAACCUCGGUGAUGUUGUACGAGAGGAAGAUGUGAAGCCUGAGGAAAAACCAUCCGACAAGCCUUUGUUCCAAAUCUCUGGUGAUGACGAAAACUGGGACGACUCCGAUGAUGACGAGGAGGAAGAACAAGAUGAGGAGGCUGCGGGAGAGGAAGACGACGAUUUUGCAAAUGCAUACGAACUCCUGGAUCUUGCGCGUGUCCUCUACCUCAAAAAACUGGAUCAGACCCAAGAAUCCGUCCUAGAGGAGUCGGCCAAGGGAAAAUACGUUCCUUCGAUCGAUUUGACACCUGAAGUCAAGGCCCUCAAAGCACGAGUUGCUGACAUUUACGACCUUCAAUCAGAAGUUUCGCUGGAGGGAGAGAAAUACUCUGCCGCAGUCAACGAUCUCAAGGCUUGUCUCGCCCUCCGCGAAGAACUCGAGCCUCCUUAUUCGUCUAUACUCGCCGAAUGCCACUACAAGCUCAGUCUAGCACUAGAGUUUGCCGCGCAGACACAGCAGCGUGACGCGGAUGGCAACCCCACUGAAGAACUUCAGGUCGACUGGGAUAUCCGCAACGAAGCAAUCGCUCAGCAGGAAAAAGCAAUCGAGGUUUGUGAACUCCGCAUUCACAGAGAAUCAGCAGCUUUGGACAAAAUGGAGGAUGGUGCUGAAAAGGAUAAAGUCAGGGCACACAUUGAAGAUGUCCAGAGUAUGGUGGGCGACAUGGAGGAUCGGCUUUCGGAACUCCGUAAGCCUCCUGUCAGCGUCAAAGCUGAGACGGAGAGUGGGAUGAAAGAGCAGAUCUCUGGUAUCUUGGGCAACAUCUUGGGCAGUGGUGCGUCUGAAGAGGAAAGAAAGGCGAAACUGGAACAGGUCUCCGAGAAGGCCAAUGAUUUGACUGGAUUGGUGAAGCGAAAGAAGCCCAAGAAUGCACAGGCUGAAGGAGGCCAGAGCGGUUCGGGAUCCGCUGUGUCUACUCCAGCAGCGGUGUCUGCCGUUGGCGAGGCCUCUGGUUGCGGCUCAACAAACACUGCCAACAAGCGAAAAGUUGGGUUUGUUGAUGAGGUUGAGGACGGCGAUAGCGGCAAGAAGGCCAAGCUUGAGGGGGCGGGAAGCUGAAUGGUGACACGUUAUGCCUGGAACCGGGCCAGGUGCACUGGAUUUUGCAUGAACGCGUACAUAUGGCCAGCUGGAUCGGAACGAGUCUCGCGCUGGAUGGCGCUUGGAUGGCGGAUAUGUCUGGGCAUAAGCAUGAUGACUAGGCUGUCAGCAGUCACGUAAUUGCGUUCAAAAUGCGAGUUUGAAUCCACUUUGAGACAGCCUCUGCUCAAUGAUCUCCAUAUCGCGAUAUCUGUACAUCGAAUAUAAGGACAAUACGUGGUGCC